UACUAUGAGAGAAUGUAGGACAAGCAUCCACAAUAUUGGAGAUUGAUAAAAGAAAAUAGUGGAAGAAAGCAUUUGGUGCUGAAGAAUAUAAGCAUUUAAUUUCCUUUUACAACUAAUCAUGAUUAGGUGGGAUCAUCAGCUACUGCCAUAAAUCAACCCACUCUUUUUUCUUCUUUCUAGAUCAUUCCUCCUUCUAAAUAAUUCAUAUAUUUUCUCUAAUCCACUCUCCUAUCCUAUGAUUCUUUCUUUUCCUCACCAAUCAAAAUUCCCUUCAUUUUUCUUGCAGAUUGCCAUAAACUAGUUAAAAUUUACACUUUUUUCUUUUGCCCAUCAUCCAUAUCAUAUCCUAGAAUUCUGACAAGUAGUUCUAAAGCCAGAGUUGAAGCAGAGUACAUAGUAACAAAAGUGGAAUGAACUCUUUAUUUUCAAUCUCUUUUGUUGUUCGAUUUGAUGCCAACCAAGAGUGGAGCUAUGAAACCUCCACCCUUUUCUCCUAAAAUCCAUGCAAGAUCAGCCAAGUUCUAAACAAGCUCAAGUUUGUCUGUGCCAAGUUUGAAGAGAGAAUUCUGACAACAACGUUGACAGCAAUGGAAAUUAGUAUUCUUCAUCAUCGUCCUCAUCGGCUACUUCUGAAUACGGAACCGAACACACUCCCAACCCCUAUAAAUGGAAGCAGAAGUCGAAGCUACACGAGUGAAGCUAAUUUCGACACGAACAUGGUGAUAAUUCUAGCAGCUUUACUCUGCGCGUUGAUAUGUGCACUCGGGCUGAACUCUAUAGUUCGUUGCGCUUUAAGAUGUAGCAGACGGUUUGCUUUUGAGAGUGCUGAUGAAACAGCAGCGCGUUUAGCAGCAACAGGACUUAAAAAGAGCGCAUUGCGACAGAUUCCUGUGGUCAUCUAUGGAGCAGCAGGCAUACAAAUAAUAGCUACAGAUUGUGCAAUUUGCCUUGGAGAAUUGUUAGAUGGUGAAAAAGUUCGAGUUUUGCCGAAUUGUAAUCAUGGUUUUCAUGUAAGGUGUAUAGAUACAUGGUUAGGAUCGCAUUCUUCUUGUCCGACUUGCAGACACUCGUUACUCGAGCAAUCUGCACCAAAUUCUGAUGCAGCUGAGGUUCAAAUCGUCAGGGAUCAUGGAAAUGGAGCAGCUGUGCAGACUCAUGAUACGCCUAUGCCUUCUGAUGAGGUAGGUUAACCAAUUUAAUCAUGCUCUCAACAAAAUUGUACACUAGAGAAUGAGAAGAUUAAAGGGUUAUUCUGGAUCUUCUUCCAUUAUUAAGCAUACUUUUAGGUGGUUGUUGUAAUUUUUAUAUGCAUACACAUAUAGAAAAUAUCUUAGCUAAACUUCAGUGAAGGGUCUAUAUAUGUGGUGAGAAAAGAAAAAUGUUUGUUUGGUGGAUGAGAAAAUGAUCCUGAGGAGAGGAGGCUUUUAUUAAAUUGUUUGCUUAUGUGCUGUAAUGGAAUUAGAAAACAAACUUGUCUCUAUCUUGUUUAUAAUUGGUUACAUUCUUUCAACAA